GCUUGUGCCUGGACCAAGGACGUCAUCGUGAACUUGGGUGGUUGGAGCGACACGCUUGUAGGCUGGAAAAUAAUGACGCACGCCAAGACCUUUCAAGCAACUGACCUGCCACGUCCAGUCCAGCGUGCACCACCACGCUGGCAAGCAGGCUCCAGCUCAAGAAGCUGUGGUCGUCUCUUUCCUUUUGUAAAAGCAGGACCACUUUAUAAGCUGGUGAGUUCCUCGGCGCGUCCAAGAAGAUCUUGUCCCGGCAUCCGACCACUCCACUGCACUACAUCAGCACCCAGCCCAACCAAAACCAAAGGCCGAGCAUUUCAUUCUCGAUACCAAGCCUCCAGAACAAUACCAGUGCAUCAUCAACACAACAACGAGCUCCCACUCACCGCCUCGGAGAUGCCCUUCUUCUAUAGCAAAGCGUUUGGCGGACGCCACUUCGGCACCAGCGUCCACGCGGACAGGCAUGGCGUCCGCCGUGGGCCGUGGAGGUUCAGUCUCGGCCGCUUCAACUGCUUCAAGCACCGCCAUUGAGGCGCUCGGGUUGCGUCUACCAUGCCUUUCACCAUGGCCCGUCAUUUCCACCACGGUCAGGACAGCCGAUGAUGUCAUGAGGAUGGGGCUAGCCUCAGGCGAGGGCGCCAGAAUCCGUCCCAAGACCCCGCCGACUUUCCACACACUCUCACCAUCACGAUUCACGACUUUCGCAGGUUGAUACCUGAAUACACCACACAUUCCUCGUUACCUACACAGGCAGCAGUACCUACUCUUUGCCACUGGUCCCAGGAGCCCUUUUUGUCUUGUUUCGCAGCAAAGGUAGGCUAGCAAUGUCUCAGUGGGACCCUGUUUCGCCUCAGGGCAGGAGGCUCGGAAUGUCAAUGCAUGCCGAGACAGCUCGUCAUUAAUACCAUUGUGUUUUGUUUAAUUCGUCACGCUCAGGCUAUGUGCUCAUGAACAUGCAAGACUCGUCAUAGAUGGUGUGUAACAGCAAAACCAGUAGCUCCAAAUCAAUGGGAUUUAGCUUCCCU